AUGCAAUCAAAUGCAGUACAGGAAGAGCUCAACAACAAAGGAACAGAAUGGCGCUUUAUCAUAAAACGUGCUCCGUGGUUUGGAGGAUGGUGUGAGUGCCUGAUUGGGUUUACCAAAACUGCCAUCAAGAAGGUACUCGGUCGAUCUUAUGUGGUCUUCGAGACGUUAUCCAUUAUCAUCUCAGAAGUGGAGGCCGUUAUCAAUGACCGUCCACUAACUUAUGUCACUUCCGGAGAGGUCGAGACGGAGCCAUUGACGCCAUCGCACUUGCUGUAUGGAAGACGACUAACAAAGUUGCCUUAUUCCGAACACAUUGAACUUCCGGGACCCCGUGCGAGUAGCUCUGAAAACAUCACGAGGCGAGCGAGGACCCAGGAAAAGUUAGUUGACAAUUUCCGCGAACGAUGGAAGACUGUUUAUUUAACCGCUUUUAGGGAGCACUACCGUUUUUUCCGGCAAAGAUCAGCAGACGGUCAAGGUUGGCGACUUUGUCCAGGUCCAUAA